GGAUCCGAUUAAUGUUGUUGGAUUAGAUAUAUCUCCGUACCAACCAACUCAAAUAAAACCUAGAAACUUUGAAUUCAUUAAGGCAAAUGCUCAAGAGGGAUUACCAUUCGAUGAUAACACUUUUGAUUUUGUAUUUCAACAAUUUUUGUUUAUUGGAUAUACUAUAGAGAAGUGGGCAUAUAUAAUAAAUGAGAUUGUCAGAGUUUUAAAACCAGGUGGAUUCGUAGAGUUAUGUGAACCUUCCAAUGUAUUUAAUGGAGGACCAGCUACUCAACGUUUAUGGAAUUAUGGCGAAGCUGAAUUGUUAAGAAUACAAGGUGGAGAUUUUGAUAUAUAUCAAAAAUUAGAGAAAUACUUACAAGAUCAAGAGGUGAAACAAAGCUAUUUUGGUACAAAGCACAACAAUCUCGAACUUAGUAAAGUGAAUGUCGGUAAUGUAAUUAACGCUUUAGUUUCUCUUAAACCUAUUUUAACAAAAACUUUGCAGGUUUCUGAUAAAGAAUAUGAUGAGUUGGUCAAAACAUGCGAAAAAGAAUUAUUUGAGCUUGAUACUUAUUUUUAUAUGGUAACUUCGGGUCAGUGGGUAAUUGCAUAUGAUUAUUUGGAAUUGGUAUUUUUCAUGAAUAUUAGAAAAUCGGUAAUUGGUGUAAGGGAUGAUGGUUAUUGUCUCAAGUGGGAAAGCAGUGACGCAGAAGAAUGA